GGGCGCCGUGCGGGGGCGGCCAGGACGGGGCGCAGGCGGGGCACGGCGCAGAUUUCUGGGCUGCCGAAGCAUUCAGGAGUCAGAGGCCCCGAGUGCUGUGUGCUGGGAGGAGAGGGCUGAGAGGAGCACGAGGAGUGCGGUUCUUGCAUGGUUCCUGUUUGCUGCAGUUCAGUUCUCUGCGUGAGAGCUCUGUGCCUCUCUGUGAUUCUCCACGCAUCGCCUCCAGGGAGUGAAGGUGGAGUUAAGGUACCGACUCCAAGAGCACCUUUCCCUGCUGUUGGCCUGUGCUUUCCCCUGCUGAUGCCCCCGCUCUGAGAGCUGCCGCAGGGGCUCCCAGCAGUGAGCACCAUGAAGAUUGUGGUUGCCAAAGUGCUGUGUCUGCUGGGCAUCUGUAUCCUCAUGCUGGCCGGGUCCCUCCUCCCCGUCAAGAUCAUCGAGGCGGAUUACGAGAAGGCUCAUCGCUCCAGGAAGGUCAUCGCCCUCUGCAAUUCCUUUGGAGGAGGGGUCUUCCUGGCCACCUGCUUCAACGCCCUGCUGCCCGCCGUGAGAGGAAAGCUCGACGAAGUUCUUAAGCAGGGGAACGUGACCACGGACUACCCGGUGGCCGAGACCAUCAUGAUGCUCGGUUUCUUCGUCACGGUGUUUGUGGAACAGCUCGUCUUGACCUUCCAGAAGGAAAAGCCUUCCUUCAUUGACUUAGAGACCUUCAACGCCGGUUCGGACGUCGGGAGCGACUCCGAAUACGAGAGCCCCUUCAUGGCGUCCUCGCGGGGCGGCGCGCUGUACGCCGAGCACGGUCGUCGCUCCCACGGCCACGGCUUGAACAUCCAGGAGCUGUCCCGCUCCAGCCCGCUGCGCCUGGUCGGCCUGGUGUUCGCUUUGUGCACGCACUCCAUCUUCGAGGGCCUGGCCCUGGGUUUGCAGGAGGAGGGCGGCAGGAUCGUCAGCUUGUUCCUGGGCGUCGCCAUCCACGAGACGCUGGUAGCGGUGGCACUGGGCAUCAGCAUGGCCAAGGCCUCGCUGCCGCUGAGGGACGCGGCCAAGCUGGCGCUGACGGUGAGCCUGAUGAUCCCCCUGGGCAUCAGCAUCGGGAUGGGGAUCGAGAGCACGCAGAGCGCGGCCGGCAGCAUUACUUCUCUGCUCCUGCAAGGCGUCGCGGGGGGCACUUUCUUGUUCAUCACCUUCUUCGAGAUCCUCGCGAAGGAGCUGGAAGACAAGAGCAGCCGUCUCUUGAAAGUCCUCUUCCUGGUGCUGGGCUACGCGGUGCUGGCCGGGCUGGUCUUCCUCAAGUGGUGAGGUGGGGGGGGAAGCAAACCUCACCUCCUCCCCACGCAGCCGUCCCCGCUGCCCGGGGCUGGGGCCGGAGCACGGCAGCGAAGCACAACGUCACAGCCCGCUGGUAUUUCAGUACUGACCCGACGGAGAAUUCCUGUGUGCUCCGAGGGAAUGAAGAACGCGGGCUGCCCCGGUGGAGGUGCCGCAAGGUCUUGUCCCUGCCCGCUGGAUCUGCAGCAGCUCUUGCAGUUACUGGGCAUGAACAUCACGGUUCCGAGGCCGCCUCCUGUGGGCUCGCCACGCGGCUCAUUCCCUGUUGGUCUGCACAGCCACCCCCUCCCAUCCCCCCCCCACGCCCCCUGCUCAGCAUUUGGCCUCAGGGCUCCUCCCUGGCGCUCAGGCUCUGGGAAGGUGAGAAACUGUGAGAGCAGAGCAGUGCAGUGCAGAGCAGUGCAGCGCGAGGCAGGUGCGAUCGCGGAUGGCGCAGCUGCGCUAAGCUGCUUUUGCUGGCUUCGUUUUGAGCAAAACCUGGUUGUAAGAGCUGCCAAAAAUAACAUCCCUUCUGGGGCUGCUCGGUGUGACGGCUGCCACAGCGCUGAGCCGAGCUCCGUUUUAACCCACAAACGGCUCCGGGAGCUUUUCCUACUCAGUGAUUAACGAAGAAACGAGGCCGGGCCCCAUCCCCUGCAUCAUCCCCUGCCUCUCAUCCACACCUUGUGCGUUCCCUAUAGAAAACCCCAGCGCUGCGUUCACAUAUUGCUUGAGAACUCCCCCCAUCCGUACCUGGAAGCCUUUCCAACGCGCUCCUGCAGCCCGGGCUCCAUCAGUUCACAGGAGACGGGCAGCAGUGAUGCCCAGCAGCGAGAUUUUAGGUCAGACCCUCACGUUUUGAGUCACCCGCAGGGAGAGGGGCAGGGCUGCUCCCGGUGCCUGGGCUCUCCUGUGCACCGAGGCCGGGCAGGGCCCAUCCUGUCAGCGUUUUCAGAGGAGAAGAGAAACCUCUUCCCCAAGGGUUUGUGGGCUGCAGGGUAGAGCUGCAGCUGCGCUCCGUGCCCGAGCAGCCCCCGCUGCAUCCCCAGGGCUCAGCGCCUUGCGGAUCCCCAGCAAUCCGCUGCACUCAUCCUCCUGGCGAGGAGCUCAGUGCAGCACAGCGCUCUCGUGGGGGCCGUGCUUUAAUUCUCCGUGCCCAUGGCUUGUGCAGCAGCUCCCCCAGGCCGAGCAGAGCUCCUGGAAGGGCCGAUGAUGGAGUUAUAACGACGCGGAGCGGACUGAGCCGCGCUGCAAUGAGCCGAGCAGCGAGAGGGAUGGGUGAGACUGUGAGGCAGCAUCUUGGAGCAGUGGUUGGCACAGCUGCAGCAUAUGGAGGCUGAUGAGGAUCAUCUGACAGGGCCUGGUGCUCGGCGUUUUAAUUGCUGCAGCACACCAAAGUCAAUUAAUCUUGCUUUGAAAAACCUGGAGCGGCGAAAGGCGGGGGGAGGGGAGGGGGAAGGGAGCGUUAUUUUAGGCCUCGGCUGACACAGAUCGGCAGGGCCUGAUGAGAAUGUGAUUUAUCUCGA